GAUGUCGGGGUUGUCCCAUCCGCCUUGCCCAUGGGCUCCUUUGUGCUUCCACAGUGUCCCCACCAUGUGUGGGAAGAGGUCCAAGUGCUACUUCUCCCGCCUGGAGGUGAUCCUCAUCAUCUGCCUGGUGCUCAUGAUAGCCGUGACCGUGGUGCUCCUCGUCCUCCACUUUCUCAUCACAGGCCACAGUAGCAAGUCGAGCUCUUCCAGUACCACCGUCGCACCCUCCUCUAGUGUGUCACCAGCAAACUACUUACUGGGCGUAGGUCGAGCUGACUGCACAGGACCUGUGGCAGAAAUUCCUCUGAUGGGAUAUGCCAACCCAGAGCAGGUGGGUGGUGGACUUCUCACGCGCCUCUACAGUCGAGCCUUCAUCGUGGCAGACCUUGACGACUCCAGGCGAGUGGUGUUUGUCAGUGCCGACAUAGGAAUGGUGUCUCAGAGGCUGAGACUGGAGGUGCUCGAGAAACUCAAGAGCAAGUACGGAGAGCUGUACCGACAGGACAACGUCAUCCUCAGCGGCACCCACACACACUCAGGGCCUGGCGGCUACUUCCAGUACACCCUCUUCUGGAUCACCAGCAAAGGGCUAAUCAGACCAUCCCUCAACGCUAUUGUGAACGGCAUCAUAAAGAGCAUUGAUAUAGCACAUCAGAACAUGAAGAGAGGAAGGCUUUUCAUAAACAGAGGCACUGUAGAAAAUAGCCAGAUGAACCGAAGCCCUUUCUCCUACCUUGAGAACCCAGCAUCUGAACGAAGCAGAUAUUCAGCCAACACAGACAAAGAAAUGGUGAUGCUGAAGAUGAUAGAUGAGAAUGGACAGGAGCUAGGCCUUAUCAGCUGGUUUGCCGUGCACCCGGUCAGCAUGAACAACACGAACCACCUGGUGAACAGUGACAACAUGGGCUACGCGUCUUACCUCUUUGAACAAGAGAAGAACAAGGGGAUGCUGCCCGGAGAGGGCUCUUUCGUUGCCGCCUUUGCAUCCUCCAACUUGGGAGACGUGUCGCCCAACACCAAAGGCCCGUUCUGCAUCAACACGGGGGAGUCGUGCAAUAACCCACAGAGCACCUGUCCUGUGGGGGGGGCAACGAUGUGCAUGGCCAUGGGUCCCGGUAAUGACAUGUUUGACAGUACAAGAAUUAUAGGGCAAAAUAUCUACUCAAAAGCAAGGGAGCUGUACGAAGAGGCUUCCCAAGAGGUCACAGGACCCCUCAGCUCAGCUCACCAGUGGGUCAACAUGAGCGAUGUCUCGGUGGAGCUCAAUGCCACGCACACGGUUAAAACAUGCAAACCAGCUUUAGGAUACAGCUUUGCUGCGGGGACCAUUGAUGGCGUGGGGGCUUUCAACUUCACACAAGGUUUAGUAGAAGGGGACCCGUUUUGGGAUGAAAUCCGGAACCAACUGCUGGGAGAGCCAUCCAAUGAAACAAAAGCCUGCCACAAACCCAAGCCAAUCCUCUUUAGCACCGGAGAGAUGACUCGGCCUCACCCAUGGCACCCUGAUAUCGUGGAUGUUCAGAUCAUUGCCAUCGGGUCGCUGGCAAUCCUUGCUGUUCCCGGAGAGUUCACGACCAUGUCUGGACGCAGGCUCCGGGAAGCUGUCAAAAGAGAGUUUGAUUCUCAUGGUACAUCACAAAUGGAUGUCAUAAUUGCAGGUCUGUGCAAUGUCUACACUCAUUACAUUGCCACCUAUGAAGAAUACCAGGCUCAGCGAUACGAGGCUGCCUCGACUAUUUAUGGGCCACACACCCUUUCUGCUUAUAUUCAGCUGUACAGAGGACUCGCAAGGGCUAUUGCUAUGAAUACAGUUCAGGAUUUGCCAAGUGGUCCAGAGCCGCCAAUUUUCAACAUCGGUAACUUGACCUUGGUGCCUUCUCUCAUUGCCGAUCGCACGCCUGCGAAUAAGACGUUUGGGGAUGUGCUGCAAGAAGUGAGACAACAGUAUCGAGUGACAGAAGUUGCUGAAGUUACUUUUGUAGGUGCGAACCCCAGGAACUCUGCUGAGAAAGCGACUGAACACAACUUCCUGACAGUGGAGAGAUACACCAACACUUCGGAGAGCUGGCAGGUGGUGCAGAAUGAUGCCUCCUGGGACACCAGGUUUUACUGGACCAAGGGAUUACUUGGUCAAAGCAACGUGACCAUUGAGUGGCACAUCCCUCGUGACACAGAGCCGGGCGUCUACAGGAUUCGCUACUUCGGGCACUACAGGCAAAAACUGUCUCUCAGUCCUGCUGUCUCUAUUGCAUUUGAAGGCACAUCUUCAGCGUUUGAAAUCAUAGCUCUGUAGGUGAUCCGUUCAUUAAAAGGAUUGUUUCUUUUGAGCAGUAGGUUAGACACCCGUGAUGUUCAUAAUACAUACUUAAGAAGGUUUUUUUGGCAAAUGUUACUCUGUACAUCAUUGCUGCUGGUCAACUUCUGCUUUGUAAAGCCUGACUUCCCACAAAGUUUUGGCUUUUACCUGCAAUUCAGUCUCACUAGUCCAAUGUAUUCCCAUUCAAGCAGUUCCCGUCCUGGACAGAUCUUGUUGCAGUUGAUUCUUAUUGUAAUAAAAUAUGUAACUGUUUUUCUUCAGUCAUCGAGGAAGUUCCUUUUGAUUGUGAAUAAGCUCUCUUGGGGAGAAUUAGUGCAUAUUGGGAGCUAAUCCAGACCACAAAAUAGUUCAUAAUAUUGAGCCCAGUCCAUAAAACUGGAAAGACCUGCUGAAUUCACAAGACAUCAGGAGAGAAGACUCUUCAAUCGUAGUUGAAGGGCAAAGCUGACCUCUUAGGAUGGUAAAGGGAUAAAUAGGAUAGAUGCUCACUGUUAAGUUUUGAAUAUUGUUUCAUUUAAUUGCUUUGGUUUAGGGCAUUUUGAUGCUUCAUUCUCUGAGUUAAAAUCUACCACAGACUAUGGGUGGUGGUGGGGCAAGUGCCAUAUGAAUCAAAUUGUGCA